GUGUGAGCUCUCAGUGGUCCGCCCGUCGGCACCAGUCCCCGGUCAGUGGGAGACCGGAGCUCCCAGUGUAACGGUCCCGGAGCGGGAGACAGGAGCCUUUACGCACGGAAUCCUUGAGGACAUGGAGUGCGUGGGAAGGACUCGGACUGUGUGAGAAGUUUGUCCCUCAGACAUGGAGCCGCAGACGAGAAGACGCGUGAAGUCCCUCUUCAUCAUCUUCAUCAUCUUCAUCACUCGAGCCUGUCUCUGAGGUGAGGAGGAGGAGGAUGAGACCCGCACCGCGCCUGGCGAGGACCGACGCGCUGCUCCAGGCUGGUUGUCUCUGAGCAGGAGCGAGUCUCUGUCUCCGGCUCUGAGGACACACAUCGAGACCCUGUGUCCCCGCUUCUGAUCCGCUGCGGCUGCGGGAACUGCGCAUGUGUUGCUUUGAUCCUUUGUUGCUCUGAUCCUUUGAAGACUGCAGGGAAACAAUAGUUGGCUCGUACGAGAACAUCUUGAACUCACAGGUGAUGUCUCUGCCUCAGAGAUUCAAACUGUGCACAGGCUUCAUCUCAUCUCACCCUGACAUGUCUGCACCUCGCGCCUCUUCACGCUGUUCCACUGCUGACACUUCACGUCUACUGGAAAUCCAGAAAUAAAAAGAGAAUAGAAACCCUCCUCCCCCCCCUGCUCUGCACACCAGGCUGAUCUCUGGGCUUCUGACUCACCAUGGGCACUGUACUGUCAUUGUCGCCCGGCUCUCGCAAGUCAGGCUACUAUGACAACCGCCCGGGCUCGCUCAGCCACUACCCGAGCAUCAGCAGCCGCUCGCUCAACAGCCAGAAGGACCGCGGCCUGAAGAGGGGCCAGUCCAUCUUCCUCCCGGCGCUCACGUGGAAGCGACUGGUGGCCUCCACCAAGAAGAAGGGCAACUCCAAGAAGGGCCCCGGCUGCCCGGCGGCCCUCGGGGAGCCGCUCAACAACAACAACAGCAUCAACAUCUACCAAAAUGACCCUUUGCUGCACCUCAACUGCGAGAAUGUGAAGAAGUCGUUGUCCUGUGCCAACCUGAGCAGCUACGAGGGCCCAGCGGGACUGGGCCUGGGUCUGGGCUACGGGAUGGGGCUGGGUCAGGGGCACGGAUACGCCUACAGCAAAUCCCAGCUGCUCUCCUCUGUGUCCUACUCCUACAUGGGCAACGAGAUCUCCUACCCGCUCAAGCCCUUCCUGGUGGAGGUUGUUUUUUACACCCAAACGAGAAUAAAUGCGUCACAACAGGAGAAUCGUGGAUCUGAUCUGUUUUAUAAAUACAAACUAGAAUCAACAGGUGUGUUUCCUACAAACUGUGACAGCAUGUGGCCUGUAGGUGGCGCUGCAGCAGCAGGGAAAAGAUAACCCUCUGCUCGUGACCUGAUCUAUUAUCAGACAUAGUAAAGUUAAUGAUCCUAAAGUGUUAGGGUUAAUAAAAGAUAUUAGUCAUAAGACUGUAAUACAACUAAGUGAAAAUGUUUGAUGAAAAAGAAGAAGAAAGGACAAAAUAAAAUGCCAACUGCACAUUUCUAUGUAUAUAUACGUAUGCGUUUUUAUAAAUAUUUCCUUUAGUUAUUGUCAUUCUCUCGUCGCCCUCAUUCAGACCCAGCUAAUGCUGUAAAAAGUGAAUUUCCCCAGUGUGUGGAUCGAUAAAGUUUUAUCUUACCUUAUCUAAACACUAAAUGCACAGAGACGUGUGUUUGCACCUACAACCUCACAAACUUCCACAUACCUAUAUCAUAAGAUAUAUUAAAUAUCAUUUUGACACAACACACUUCUACUACAUUUUAUUUAUCUAGGAGUUAAUCUAGUAGUUAAUCUUUUCUUUUACAUUUACCACAAACCCUGAAUCUGAAUCAAACAUUCAGAGCAGGACAUUUUAAAAGACUGAUCCCUGGUUGUCCACUAGAGAGCAGUAUCACCAAAUAAUAGACUGAAACCUCUGAUUCAGUCAAACAGAAACAUUUUGGAUGUAGAGUUGUGUCAUUCAUAAAUGUCUGAUUGAAAUAGAGUUGUGUGUGGAAAACUUAAAAAUCCUUUCCUGUUUUGUCAUUUAAUCUAAAACAAUGCAUCACAUUUUGACAUUUCACAAACUCCUUGUAGCUUGUUGUGUAACAUCUUUGUUUGCAGAGUAACUCCAGAUGUCAGAUGAAUAUUAAAAGUACAAUAUUUACAUCUGGAAUGUUCUGAAAAUGCAUUCAUGCCAUACAAUGGAAAUACCAUACCGGUGAAGUAACAGAACUUCAACGCAAUCAAUGUUAGUGUGGAACCCCUCCCACACAUAAUCACAUGUUUGCUGAGAUAAACAAUUCAGAAAAAAAACUUGGUCUCUUUCCCUGUUUAAUCAGGGAUGUCAUCACAUCAGGCCCUGAUUUUGAUGUUAAAUAAAAGCCUGAAACAUCCCAUAAUCC